CAUUUGCCAACCCUUUUUCAUCACAUUAAGUCACCAACUUUUGUGUUAUACCAAUACCAAUAUCUCUAUAUAUUUAAGUUUCAUAAGAUUAUUAGCAAUAUCAUUGAUCAUGGCCUCAUCAAGCUAUGCUUUGAGAACAAUCCCUGCUUCUUCUAUUAGGCCUGCUAACACAUCAUCAAGAUCAAUUUUCACAGCCCCACCUACCAAAUCAUCACUCUUACCAUUCACUUCAUCAUCAAACACAUCAAUCACUAGAAGCCUCAAGCUUAACUCCACUUUGCCACACUCUUCCUACUUCACUUCAGUUCCUAAGAAAUCAUUCUCUUGCAAGAGCCAGGCUGAGUCAUCUGAAGCUGCAGAGAGGGUUCAAGAACUGAGUGUUUAUGAGAUCAAUGAACGUGACCGUGGAAGCCCCAUUUACCUUAGAUUGAGCCAGAAAACUGUGAAUUCCCUUGGUGAUCUUGUACCCUUCACUAACAAGUUGUAUACUGGAGACCUUCAAAAGCGCAUAGGCAUAACAGCAGGUAUCUGCAUUUUGAUCCAAAACAAAGCAGAGAAAGGUGGUGAUCGUUAUGAAGCAAUAUACAGUUUCUACUUUGGUGACUAUGGCCACAUUGCUGUUCAGGGUCCAUACUUGACCUAUGAAGACACAUACCUUGCUGUCACAGGUGGUUCUGGAAUCUUUGAAGGUGUUUCAGGGCAAGUCAAGCUUCAUCAAAUUAUGUACCCUUUUAAGAUCUUGUACACUUUCUAUCUUAAGGGUAUUAAGGAUUUGCCAAAGGAGCUUAUUGUUGAAACUGUUGAGCCUAACCCUUCUGUUCAGGCCUCUGAUGCUGCUAAGAAUCUUGAGUCACAUGCUACAGUUCCUGGUUUUACUGACUGAUUACAGUUAUUGAAUAAUAAGUGAGGCGGCUAUGAUUUUUUUUUUUUUUUUUUGGUAGAUUUAAUAAUGAUUUUAGUAUGUAGUUGGUGGAUGGUGGUUAUGAUGAAAAGCUUGAUCAUUUGGAACUCUUUUUGAUAAGAAAUUGAUCAGAAAUGCUUU